AUGUCCUGCCUGUCGACUCCCUGGACUGUCUUGGCCGUCCCAGAGCUCCUAAAGAAUGCAGACUGCCAGAGUGAUGUAGCAAGCACUGUGGCGGCUGAGCACAGCGACAUCGAAACUGUCGAGGACUCUUGCCCUUCUGAACUCCCAUCGCCGCGCUCCAGUGGUACGGCUGACGCGUGUGAUGAAGAGGAGGGCCCAUGCAACGUGGUUGUGAGGAGCACGUUCAUCGAUGUGGAUGAUGGCCGGAGCCUGAUGCAACGCUACAGGCAGCUGCGCAGAGCCAUGACCGAUUCGGUCUUGGCGGGCGCCUUUGCCGAAGAGGAGGCCUAUGAGCCUGGGAGGUUCAGCGAUGAACAUGCCAAGGUGCAAGAGGCAGCUAACGCGCCCUGUGCACCUGUAGCGGCAGAGCCCGUGCCACAGGCCACAGAGACCAGGACAGAGACGAGGACAGAGAAGGAUUCGGCCAAGCGCACGACUCCUGAGCGUACCACGCUGAUGCUUCGUAACAUUCCGAACAAUUAUUGUCGCGAGAUGUUCCUGGCUCUGUUGGAUGAGCAUGGCUUUGCUGGGCGCUACGACUUUGUUUACCUGCCCUGUGACUUCUACCGCCAGGCCAACCUUGGCUACGCUUUCGUGAACCUGGUGGACGGAGCGGCCGUCGACGAGCUGUGGCAGGCCUUCGAUGGCUUCUCAGGCUGGUCCCUGCCCACGGCCAAGGUCUGCCAGGUGAGCUGGAGUGGCCCGCACCAAGGCUUCAAGGCACACGUCGAGCGUUACAGGAACAGCCCUGUGAUGCAUCGCAGCGUGCCCGACGAGUACAAGCCCGUCAUCUUCAAGAACGGUGUUCGCAAGAGCUUCCCACGACCGACCAAGAAGGUCAAAGCACCAACUGCAGGCUUCUGA